GUCGGAUUGUAAUUUAUGUAACCUCAUCCGGCGAUUCAAAACCUUGAAAACUUAGCCCGACGCUAUCAGUAGUUUAUAGUUUGGGUUUUUGUUUAUCAUCCUGUUGUGAUGCCUGCUGAAAAUCUAAGAUGGGAAACUUUACAGGCCUUAAAAAAUUCCCCGAAGGGAAAUAUCACAUACGACCCGUUCUGGUCGGAAAGGGGCGAGCAUAUUUUGGCAGGAUGCAAAGAGGCCCUCAGCCUGUCCUCGACCUCUGGGAUCAUACUGGAGCGUCUCGGCUCCUCGCCCCUGCAGAAGUCUCGCUUUCUGGGCUCCGGCUCCGGAGACUCCAGCCCCGGCCUCUCUGAGGAGAUCUCCUCCUCGGUGUCCUUCACAGGAUCCACCUCCGACCUCAACGCCAUGCACACCACACUUUCUUCAGCCCCGUCUUCAAAGACUGAGCGUGAGCAGGCUGUUAGCGAUGAGGCGAAGGAUGAAGAUCCAGAGGGAGAUGUCAGCGAAGUUUCCAGUCCUACGUUACUACCUGGCAUUUCCCUGCUGUCGCCCAAGGCCAUGGCGAUGGCGGGCCGCAUUAUCAAGUUUGAGGUGGAACAACGAGAAAAGGCCAAGAUGGCGCUCAAAGUGCGGCAGGAGAUGCAGGAGAAGUUGGUGGCGGCGGUGGCCACCUCCGAGUCCGAGCAGCUGAAACGCUUUGAGGAGUUCAUGGAGCUGAAGCAGAGGCAGGAGUACCAGAGCAUGAGGGACAUGAUGGACAGAGAAACCAAAGAGAGCAUCGGGCGUCAAGAGAAGCUGAAGGAAGAGCAGCGACACAGAAUGAAGAUCAUCAACCUGCGUCUGAGGGAGGCGGAGCAGCAGCGCCUGCGGGAGGCGGAGCUCGAGCGGCAGCGGCAGGCGGAAGGCCGGGAGCGGCUGCGUAACCUCAACACCAUCCAGGAGGAGAUCCUGCAGCUCAACCAGCUGCUGGAGCCGUCCAGCCAGACCAAAACCGAUCUCCCGCCGGCCACCCUCAGCUCCUGCUGCACCCGCGGGAACCAGCUGUGCUCCCAGCUGUCGGAGGUGGUGCGGAAGACGGCAGAGGGCGAGUUCCCCACCGUGGAGGACAUGACCGUGGCCGAGCGAGCCCUCCACGAGAUGAGGGCGCUGAUCAGGCUGAUGCAGGAGGAGGUCGCCAAGGCUCAGGAGAAGAAGAAGAAGGAGCAGGAGGACGAAGAGGAGCGCAGGAAGCAGGCGGAGCUGCAGGCGCAGCAGGAAGCGCAGAAGAAGGCGGCGGAGUCGGCCAAAGAGAAGGCAAAGAGGAAAGGGCUGCAGAACAGCGCUGAAGACAGCACGCUGAAAUGGUACAAGCAGCUGCAGGAGUCGGCUGCUCAGUGCGCGCAGUCCUACGAACAGCUCAACUCCCCAAAAGACGUCCAGACAAAGAAGCUGAAGCUGGAGCUCCAGAAAGCGGCCUCCAUCCCCGUCAGUCAGAUCUCCAGCAACUCUGGAUCGCAGCUCCGAGAAAUCUUUGACAAGAUCGACAAGCUGCUGUCUGGCCGGGCGGUGGUGUCGGGGGGCAAGUCUGUCUCCACCUCCCAGCAUCCACAAGGCCUGGACUUUGUCAGCUACAAACUGGCUGAGAAGUUUGUGAAACAAGGAGAGGAGGAGGUGGCCUCUCACCACGAAGCCGCUUUCCCCAUCGCCGUGGUAGCCUCGGGCAUCUGGGAGCUGCACCCUCGAGUGGGCGAGCUCAUCCUCGCCCACCUGCACAAGAAAUGUCCGUACGCAGUCCCACAUUACCCUCCGAUGAAGGAAGGCACACCUGUGGAGGAAUACCAGAGGAUCCUUGGUUACCGCGUGGACGACUCCGGCGUUGAAGGCCAGGACAGUUUCCUGAAGAGGAUGUCGGGGAUGAUCCGCCUCUACGCCGCCGUGAUCCAGCUGAGGUGGCCCUACGGCUCCAAGCAGGGCCCUGCUCCUCACGGUCUGAACCACGGCUGGCGUUGGUUGGCUCAGAUGCUCAACAUGGAGCCUCUGGCUGACAUCACGGCAACGCUGCUGUUUGACUUUCUUGAGGUUUGUGGUAAUGCUUUGAUGAAGCAGUAUCAGAUCCAGUUCUGGAAACUCAUCCUGCUUCUUAAAGAGGAAUACUUCCCCAGAAUUGAAGCGGUGACUGAAAGUGGACAGAUGGGCUCAGUCAUCAGACUCAAACAGUUUCUAGAGACCUCGCUGCAGAGCCGACAGAUCCGUCCGCCCAAAGGCCAGCUGGGCUCCAUGUUCUGGGGCUCCUGAUGGAGGAGGAGCCGCCGUGUUGGAUGUUGCUGCAUGACGCCAUUUAGGACUGAAUGAGGCAGAGAGGAGGCUGUGGUCUGAUACUGAGAAACUGGAAGGAGACUUGAGACAGUAAUCACAGGGAGGAAAAGUCUAAGCUGCUACUGGAGGAAGAUGGUUGUUCACAUCUGUUGAACUUAGAAGUAACGCAGCUUCUUAGGCUUAAAAAAGUGUGUGUCUGCUUAAUUUGAUGGACACAGUGGAGCCCAUGCUCAACUACAUUUUCUAGAUGCAGUAUAUUCCAAAAUAAUUCAACAGCUUUGGAAGAGGUUUUGAACGGCUAACGGAAAGAUAUUAUAUACAGUAUGUAUCUCUCGAUUCCUUCUACACCAACAUCUGUUCAAAUGCUUUUCUACUUCUUAUGGCUUCAGAAUAUACCUGAUAAUUUGUUUGCAACAAAAAGUCGCUUUAAGGCGGUAAUUAUGUUGAGGUGUAAAUGUUGAGGCUGAAUCCUCUAAAUGAAAGAGUUCUCCAGUGUUGAAGCUGUUUAUAUCUGUUUUUACUGUUAGUUUGUUAGAACGCCUGUGGGGAGGGAGGGAAAGGCUUUUACUCACUAAAUUUGGUCACUGUUUGUUUUUAUUUCAACAGUCACUGUUCAAAUCAAAAUUGUGUUGAAUGAUUUGGACUUUUUUUGCUAUUUAUUUGUUUUAAAAAUCCACCAUGUGGAGCAAAGAUGUGUGGUCUGAUGAGCUGUCGUUGAAUCAUUGUAAAUGAAGUUCUCAAGAUUACAAAUGUGUAUAAAUGAGGUUUAACUGCUGAAGUGCAUUAGUCAGUAUUUUCGAAAAGUGAUUUGAUCGUCAUGUUGAAACAGAAAUCUUAGAAUGACAGCACUUUAAAGUAAAAUGAAAGUCAUUGAUGAGCAGAGGUCUGAUUAUAAUUUAGAUUAUUAACCAGUUGUAUUAGCAGAAUGACUGUAAUCUUCAUCUGUAAACUAAAUGUCUGAAAUGAAACCUCA